AAUGCAAGGAAUGCUCGUACGCAUGGCCAUCGCGGGCCUGUCGUUGACCGUCUCCAUUGUCAUCCUGUUGCUGUUCCCCACCUGGGAGCAGCCCCGCGAGUCCUGGGAAAUCUCUGUGUGGUAUUACAUCUGCCUGCUGCAGGCGAUCGGAGGAGUGCUCCUCGUCGUGGGCUCCCUGAAGGCUAAUCAUUGGCUGUUCCUGCCCUGGGUGGUGGCGGCUAUAGUUUUUAUCUACACUCUGCUCUACAAAACCGUGAACUACUAUUGCUAUCUGCAGGGAAAACUGCUGGUUGUGGUAAUCCCCCUUUUUUACAUCAUUGCGGGUUUUUGGCUCUACUUUCUGUGCGAUGUCUUCCAGGACUUUCUCGACUUGCAUCGCAAAUCCUCUCCGCAGAUCCUCAGUCACGACCCAAAUAGUCCUCUUGCUGUUGUAGAUUCACAUUCUCCUUGACGGCAUUAAAGUGCACUCUGCUACCACGUGAAA